GUCUAUGUCUCCAGCCACACCUUCGCCAACGCGGCUGGUGUUCGCAAAGCCGAGGUAUUCAUCUGGAGCGGCAGCGCGUCAACAGAUUCGGGAAUCGCAUCCGCGCAGCUUGCUGCUAAACGAGUGUUGCGCGAAUCCGGGGCGUCUGCACCGGUGACAAUACGGCAAGGCUACGAGACCUCACCGUUCCUCCAGGCGCUUGGCGGCGUUGUCAUCACGCGCAGAGGUGCACCGGAAGGCGCGUCGAAGCAGUACAUCCUCUGCGGACGCAAGCAUCUGGGCCACAUUGUGUUCGAUGAGGUCGACUUCGGCGUACAAUCUCUUUGCGCAGGCUUCACCUAUAUCAUCUCGUAUCCUGUUACAGUUCACCGGACGAAGCUAUACCUCUGGAAAGGCUCAGCUUGGUCCACAGAGGAGAUCGGUGCCGCUCGCUUGGUCGGCAUGGAUCUUAGCGAAAGUGGCGAGAUGAUUGAAGUGGAUCACGGUGCCGAGUUUCCAAGCUUCUUGAAGAUCUUCGGCGCUGAUACAGAGAAGACUAGCAUAUCGAAGUCGACACAUACGUGGGACUGCAAAGCACAAGCGCUAGAUGGGUACUUCCCGUCACUGUUCAGAGUACAGCAAAUCGAGCAGAAAGUUGGGUACUUCAGCGGCUUGUUCAGACGGCCAAGCUGGCAAAGCAGAUCUCCAUCGCCAUCGCCAAUACGAGAAGAUACGAAGAUGGAGCUGAAGCGAAUUAUACCCUUCACGCAACAAGACCUAGAGGCGGAAGGCAUCUACAUCCUCAACGCUUAUGGUCAGAUAUUCGUCCUAUACGGUCCACUAUUUCCAUCGCAGACAACUAAUGCACGAAACACGAUGCUGGGAUAUGCACUUCUAUCAGCGUCAAAUAUCGCGAAGAACCGCUUUGUUGAAACAGCGCCCCGAGCACUUGUGCUCACAGCUGGCAUACCGCAAGAGUUCAAGAUGUUGUUCCGGCAUUGGGAUGAAGGCAGAGGUCUCUGGGGCACGGGUGGGCUUAUGGCAGGUUCGUUGGCACAUGGCGGCGCUGAAGUAACGACGAUGCCGCUAGAUGUGGUUACCGAAGCAGUGUGUCUUCGGUGA